CAUAGCAUGUAGCUGAACAUGAAAACAUGGAGCGUAGUGUGAAAGGAUCCUUAAAACCAGGCUGAAAGCACCCUCAAUGACGAUAAAAUGGCGAUAAUCUGAAACUAUGGAGUAGCUUCUCGUUCUGUAGAAACCAUCAAGAUGCAAAGCGUCCACAGGGAUGUAGAAUAUGCCGAAUACUUGCUGGAGGCUGCAAAACAGAUUCCCCAGUCUCUCAUAGGCCCGACCUCCAGUGCUAUUAACCCAAAGGGGAAAUCUCUACAUCAAAAGCUGGUCGAUCUCUAUGUGGAAGAAAGUGGAAGGCAACCUCUAGGAAAGUCACUGGUAUAUGCAAGCAAUCUUCUCCAAAAGUUGGUCAAAAGAGACAGACUGCAUUGUGUGGUGCUGAAUUUGUAUCAUGCCAAUGAAGGAUACUCUCUACUGCUUAGAGGUAGAAAUGGUGUGGAAACAGAGACUAUCAAGCUCCCUUAUGAGGAGUCUGAGCUGCUGGAAUAUAUUGAUGCCUCAGAGUUACCCCCGGUUCUAGUAGAUCUCCUGGAGAAAGCUCGAGUGAAUGUUUUCUACAGUGGCUGUGUGAUAGUGGAAGUUAGAGAUUAUCGGCGGUCUGCCACUGGGAAUGUUGACUCUGUUUAUGUUCUUUUGAGACCUACUGCACAGUCAUUGCUGGCUGACUUGAAUGCUAUGACGUCCGAUGGGAGGAAGUGGUCGCAGGACGACCAAUACAUGCUGGAGAGUCAGAUGCUUCUGGAGACGGAAGAGCCUCUGUGUCUGGACCCAUCCCCAGCUGUUUUCCUGGUCACGAACAAACUACAGUAUGAGAGGAAGAAGUUCAACACACCGCUCCUAAAAAGAAGUGUGAAGAAAUACUCACAGGCAGCAGUGAACAGGAAGAGGAAGUUUGCCCAGGGACCAGCCCCUAAAGAGCUCCAGCUGUAUGAUUUCCUACACCGUAAAAAGGAUAAACCACGGCCACAAUUGCCAGUGAAUCUCAAAGUGGGCAAAGCUAGCGUUGAUAUGUGGAAGCAGAGAUCUGUACACCUGUCAGUCCCAGAAUCUGUUGAGACACAGAGAUAUGCCAAACCAAUGGAGAAACCAAAGCAAACCUCAGACAACAUACCAGUGAUUGCUGAGGAGUACGUGUUGGAACGUGAAAGUACUCAGGGCAAGACAGAUUAUUAUAAAGUGACCGUAUACCGACGACCAAGUGACUUCUGUUACAUUGGGGAGCUGUACAUGGACCAUGACUAUGUGGAGAACCAGCUCAAAGGCUCUGUGUGCAGGUUUAACUUGGGAACAAAGGCCAAUGUUGACAAAUAUAUCCAGCAACUCACAGAGAUCUUCACAGAGGGUGGGCGUCUGAAAGCUAAAAUCACACGGACUGUGGCAGGUCACCCACCGCAGGUGUCAGUUGCCCAGCCCCAGUCGGGCACGUCAUCUAGUCAUGGACCCGCAGCUAACUCCCACACCCUCGUCUCACAGGCUGCUAACCUUUCUAGUACCAUUAACGCACAAGGAGAUUACACAGCAGGGAAGAAGAACAAACCUCUACAGCUGUCCACAUCCCUCACCUCUUCAGCAAAUCUCAUCAGUCCCCAGUCAACACCUACUUUAACUAGUCCAGUUGGCUUGACCAACUCACAGCUGACCAAUCAGAUGACAGUUAACAUCCAGCAUCCUCUGCAGCAAGCGACUGGGCAACCACAAAUGGCGUCUCGCCACAGGCACAGCAGUAGACCUAUGAGUACACCCAGUCCUGUGUCUACACCUACAUCCUUAUCAGCCCAGCUGCCCAGUUACACCCAGGCCAUAGCGUCACAGCCCAGUGUCACCCACAAGCCGCCCUCCAUCCCCACCCCUCCCCCGCUGGUGAAAACCCCCAACCCCCGGAGAAGCUCUAUAACCGAUGCUUACGUGACUUCCAUGGUAACCACACAAGGUACCGAUGGUAACCUAGCCUCCUCAUCUGUCCCCCCACUCACCCCCCAGAGCGUCGCCCCGAACGUCAACAUUGCUAACAUCCCUGGCCUGGCCACUAACAUCAACAUCCAGAACUUGGCUAACCUGCAGGGUGUGAACAUUGCUAACCUACAGGGCCUACAGAACAUGCAGGUGUCUCUGACAGGCGUGUCAGUGCCAGGGGGUGGGAUCGCCGUACCUGUCCCUAUCAACAUGAUCAAUACCUCCCCAUCCCUGCUGCAGAAUCAGGGCAUCAUUGUCAGCUCCCUUCCUAAUCAGACAAGCAGUGCAGGUAACACGAGCACCACCACGUCACAGAUAAGCACCACCCCGGUUACCUCUCCAACAACUUAUGUUACUAUGGUGACGGCAUUGCCUGCCUCUACUGCUACAUCAACAUCCGUGACAAGUUCAUCUGUCUCAACAGCCGUCAGCUCAGGUGUGCUCACGAACCCGACUUCUGUAAUGACAGGCCCUCAGCACAGCAUGUUACAACUGCCCAUCAAUGUGGCAGGGAAUCUUACUCAGUUCAUGCCCCACCUGAAGACGACUACCGUCAGGGGACACACGGGUCUCUCUUUGGUACAGCUACAAGGCCAGCAAUCUAUCCAGUUGCUUAACCUUCAGCAGCCCCAGAGGCUUCAACCACAGUUACAUCAGAGUAGUUCUACAACUAACCAGGGGCAUCAGGCAGGGAGCACCACUACAUCCUCCCCUCUUCCCGUUACUACAGCGGUGUUAUCUGGUCAGACAUUAAGUGGUCAGUCCAUGGCUAAUUUGGCCAUAGGAAAGCAGCAGUUUUUGCAGCUGGCUGCAGCUCAGCCCCAGGCUUUCCAGCCACAGCCGUUACAGCAACUACAGCAGCUGCCCAGGCAGAUCCAGUUCCAGCCUAUGCCUCAGGCUAAGCAUACAGCUGCCUCUUCGUCCUCCACAAAGUCCAAGAGUAAGAAGAGAGCCACACCAACCCCUCCCAAAAACUGACAGAAAUUUUCAGCAGUACUCAGAACUGUUCUCAAGAUUUCCAUCCCCUCCUACUCAUAGUUCAAGAGUUAGAAAAAUGCCACACCAGCUCCUCCCAAAAACUGACAGAAAUUUUCAACAGUACUCAGAACUGUCCUCAAGAUUUCCAUCACCUCCUCCUCAGAGUUCAAGAGUUAGAAAAAUGCCACACCAGCUCCUCCCAAAAACUGACAGAAAUUUUCAACAGUACUCAGAACUGUCCUCAAGAUUUCCAUCACCUCCUCAGUGUUCAAGAGUUAGAAAAAUGCCACACCAGCUCCUCCCAAAAACUGACAGAAAUUUUCAGCAGUACUCAGAACUGACCUCAGGAUUUCCAUCACCUCCUCCUCAGUGUUCAAGAGUUAGAAAAAUGCCACACCAGCUCCUCCCAAAAACUGAUAGAAAUUUUCGACAGUAAUCAGAACUGACCUCAAGAUUUCCAUCACCUCCUCCUCAGUGUUCAAGAGUUAGAAAAAUGCCACACCAGCUCCUCCCAAAAACUGAUAGAAAUUUUUGACAGUACUCAGAACUGACCUCAGGAUUUCCAUCACCUCCUCCUCAGUGUUCAAGAGUUAGAAAAAUGCCACACUAAUCCCUACCAAAAACUGAGGGAAAUCCCUUGUCUCCACCUCUAAGUCUGAAAGUAAGAAGAGAACCACACCAGCUCCUCCCAAAAAACUGAUUGAACUGUAACCCUUGUGGAAGGUAUCUUCAUGAUUUCCUGUGUAAGAACUGUGUUUCUGUCUUCCUAAAACUGACAUAAAUAAUUUAGCUGUACUGCUGUAAAUUCUUCUGCAUUUCUCACACCUCUGUUUCACAAAAAUUAACUUUAAUACUGCAGUAGUAUAAGUAUUGGGUAUCCUUGAAUUUACAUUUUUCAGUGUUAUCUUCUUUUAAAUUUUAAUUUCUUAUUAAAUUUUGAUGUUCUAUAUGAACUACAUAUUUUAUUAUUUUGAUGUACUGGAUUAAGUUACUUGGAAGAUUUUAACGCAUACCUGCACAAAUAAUGUAGUGAAGAGGCGCAAAUAAAUUUUGAGAUUUGAGGUUGUGUUGGUAUGUCACUAAAUGGACCAUGCACAUAGAGUUUGUCCAAACAUGAAAAUGUGCUCAUUUUUUAAUGUGAGUAGUAUCAAUAUAGAUGUACAUUUUUUUGACCGAAAUUUUGUACAUAGAUAUACUGCCUGGUUUAUGCCGUUACAUGUUGUAUGUGUUGAAUGUUGUACCUCAUCAUUGCUUUUCAUAUAUGUACAUGUAUACACAGCUGAUGUUUUGUAUCAGACUGGCUCCCAAAAUGAACACUGUUCAUUAUUACAUAAUGAUGUGGAUUUUUAGACUUCUAAAUUUUAUAUAAAGGGUGGAAAAUAUGUGA